AUGUCUAUGGACUCCCAUCAACAUCUUGAACGUCUCAGAAUUCCAGUUAAAGACCCGGAAUCAUAUAACGUCAUUUUGAAUCUACCCCAUGAAGUAAAUAAUGUUGACGUGAUCAGACAUGGCAGAACUGCUAGAAAUGAAGUAUUCCGUAUGCGAGGUGGAAUUAAUAUCAAGAGAAACGAUGGAGUCACUGGUACAAUUUAUUUCAAAAUGGACGGUAACCAACUGAUGUUUAAUAUGAUUGUCUUUGUAUCAUUUGUCUGA